CUCACACAAUGAUCAUUCAUUCAAGGUUUUGACGAACUAUAAAAUGAAAAUGAAAAUGAAGUUGAAGUUGAAAUUGAAAUUGAUGAAUGGGCAACGAAGAAACAGGGUUUCAGACUAGUAAUUGUUACGGAGUCACUAUAACAUCACAAAAUUUAACAGAUUAGAAAUGAGAUUUCGCAGUGACGACAAACAUUGCAAUUUCGUAAAACUUUUUUCCUCUAAUUACCAUUUUGUUUUUGGAACAAUAUAUCCACACCUAAAAAAAAGAACUAAAAAAAAACAAUAAGCAAAACCAAUAACAAACAUGACAGGUAACACAUUCAUAAGGUACACGUUAAAUAUUUGCUUAUUUGAAAUUUUUAUUACAAAGUAGCAUAAAUUUUUUUAUAGUGUCUUUUUAAGGUGCACAUCAUAAAUUUCUCCUAAAUUUUGAAACUAACUUUAAACAAUCCACUAUUUAACUCGGCUCAGUUUUUCCCCAAAUCCAAGAUUCAAACACAGCUCGGGAAACUAGAGUUCCCUAUACAAAGAAGUAUAAUGUUGUUGUCUUUACGAAACUGGCUGAUCGAUGUGAUUUUGGAGAUGCACUCAAUACUUGGGUCAUUUUGUUUUUUAAUGGCAGUUGACUGACGUAGUAUUGCUUCGUUAAUUGAUAAAAAAAAAUGCAGUUAGAUGUGGACUUUGUUCAAAUUGAUGUGAGGAAUUUACGAUGGAGAGGUCCAAUUGUUGAUACUGUUGUUAUGAAUCCUCCGUUUGGAACUCAGAAAAAGGGGGCUGAUAUGGACUUUCUCUUUGAGACUUUGAAGGUGAAGUUGAAUCCAUCUCUGGCAGAUGCUUGGCUCUGCUUAGGUAACUGCAUUUGGAAAAAGGGAGAUCUACCUUCAGCAAAAAACUGCUUUACACUUGCACUAAGCGAGGGUCUAAACAAAAAGAUACUUUGUCAGUUAUCUAUGCUAGAAAAAAGAAUGGCUCAAUGCAAGGAUCUUAAUUCAGUGUGCUAAUAAUCAGGCAGAGAUUGUCGAGGAAAGCAACAAACAUGCAUAGGAAGCUAGUUGGAUGUGAAAGAUGGGAAUUCUUGGUGUAAGGCUUUGUAUCAGAUUUAAGCUAAAAGAGUAAUUUGAAUUUCUUUGGCUACUUUGGAUUGGGGAUGUGUGGAUUGCAAUUGGGUGAGUUUGAAUGAUUUCUGGUAAGGGGUUUUGGUAAAGGGUUUGAUGACAUUAGUGGCUCAAAGCUAGGAAGAAAGAGUGUGCAACUUCAAGACUAGCUGUGUUACAUGGGAUUUUUCAAAAAUUUUGAACUUGUAGGUUUUGUCAGAAAUUAGUGUGUUGCAUAUUUUUCCUCUGUUAGAAUAAGAAACUUUAUACUUAUUGUGGAGUGCUAUAACAAAAUUAUGAAAGGUUUAGAUAGUGGCCACUGUGGUUGAUUAUGAAUUGUGUAAUCUAUGUUUUCCUUGCAAGUAGGAGUAAUCGUGGGUGAGCACAGUUUUUUUUAUGUAAUCUAGAGAUAAUUUGUUAUGGCACGCUUCAUGAAACUUUACCCUCUUGGUUCAGAUUAUGGGUUAAUGCAAAUCUUAUUUAAUCUAGAGAAUUACCAUGUACUUCAUGGUAAUAAGAAAUGACUAUCAUGUAAAUGCCAAGGCUUUUAGAACUAUGGAAUAUAUAUUAUUUUGUUUUUACAUUGUAGCAAAAUGGGCAUUUGUUUACUCUUUUGUGGCAAAGAAUUUGAAAUUGUGGGUUUCUACAAGAAGAGAAAAGAAAAGGAAUUUAGGGCUUCUUAGGUUAAGCUCUACCUUAUGCUGUAUUUGUUGCUUUAGUUCAUUGGAGUUAAUUUUUUAUUUUCAUUGUGUCUUAUUUACCUACAUUCCUCUGUUUUUUUUAGCAAUCUAGUUUUUGUCAUCAACCCCAUAUGGUGGCUGCUAUAGCAAUUACCAACUAUCAUGGAGGCAGGUAAAAUAUUUUUAUUUGAUUUUGAUUAUCUUCUCUAUUGUAGCUGUUGGUUAGUAUUUUUGGACUAAAAGAUGUUUGUUUUUAAAUUAUAAGACUUGCUAAUAGUUCUUUGUAAGCCUAAUGCCCUUAAUUGAUGUUGUUGUUAUUAAAUGGUUUCAUCUAGUUUAUUUAGUUGAUUACGUGCAUAAUUAAGUUUGUUCUUUUAAAAAAGUUUAUUGUGUAUUGAAAAAUGGAUUUAUUUGCUUUAUUUUUGUGACAACACUCCCCACUGAUUAGUGCUAAUCUAUGAUUAAGCAUGUUAAUGACUGAUUGACUGGAAUCCUGAACUGAUUGAUCAAAUGUAUAGCUUAAGUGCAUGUCUAUCUGUUUGACUGCUAAAUGAUCUGUUCAUGUUUUAUGUUUUAAACUGCAAAUUGAAGGCCUUAUCGGCGGCCGAAUCCGAAAUUGAUUAAUGUUUUAUUCUAAUUGAAAUUUAUGUGAUUUGGUGGUAUAUUUGAUUGAAAUAUGAUUUGGUAUGAUUAAAUUGGAUUAAUUAGAGUUGUAUCACAUUAGUUUGCCUUUAUUUCCAUUUUGCCACUCAGUGGGUUGUGCUAGACCACUCCUUCUCUCACCCUUUGUAUUGUCUUAGCACCUUUUCCUCAUUCAUUCUUGAGGCCAAACCGAUUGGGAGAGGGAGAGUAGGAGAACAAGUUGAUUUCUACAAGUCUUGCUUGAAUCUAAAGGAAUUGAAGAGCAUUUACAUAUAUGAGCUUCUACAUCUUGAAUUCAAGACCUAAGAUAGAAAAUUUACCUUCUUGUUUGUGAAUUUAAGUUAAUUCUUGCAUGGCUCAUGGUAAUUUAGUCAUCUAAGUCUAGAAUUGGUUUACAAUGUUGAAUUAAGAGCUAGAUCAUGCAUGCAUGCUCUUAUAUUGAGGUUUUGAAGUUGUUUUCAUGGAAUUUGUUACAUGCAUGUCCAUAUCUUGAUCUGAGACCAUGAAAUCAUCUUGUUUUUUAGGGAAUUGGCUCAUUGGAGCAUGUAUUAGGAGCUUUGAACUCAUUAGAAUAAAUGCAUGUUAUGUUUGAUCAUGUUCUUGAAGUUUAUUUGAAAAUUCUGUUUAAUUGAACUACCUUUGGGCUUUGAUUUCUCAAAUUGAGCUUUGAAUCAUGUUAUAC